CAUAGCUCGAUAGUGCCUUGGCGGGCUCGCCUACUGAAUAGUCUGGAAUGACAGCAAUGGCGAGUCCGCAGGUGCCUACCAUGCUCUUUCAGGGCGUGGAUAAGAAAUCAGCGGGCUACAAGCUGCUUGCGUCUAUGGGAUGGAAGGAGGGCGAAGGCCUGGGCGCGAAAAAGCAGGGCAUAAAGGAGCACGUGAAGGUCAAGAAGAAGCAUGACGCCAUGGGCGUUGGCGCGGCUGAGACUGCCCAUAACUUGCGCGACUGGACGACGGGUAUGGUCAGCUUUGACCGUAUUCUCGCAAACCUGAAGGAGGUCACGGCCAACCGUCAAGCGGCUGAUAGGGCGGACAGCGACAGCAGCAGCGACGAGGAGGAGGAGGCGAAGGCGGCCGCAAAGACGACAAAGAAGGCGACCACCAAGAAGGACAAGACCUCGGACGCUAGCGAGAAGAAGACCAGCAAACGCAAGCGUGCUGCCUCGCCCUCCUCCUCGUCCUCGUCAUCCGAUAGCGACGCCAGCAGCGGCAGCAGCAGUAGCGAUGAGGAAGACGACGAGUCCAGCAAAGCUGCUGCUGCAGCGCAGGCCGCCAAACGUCUCAAGCUAGCAUCCCAUGUGGGUCGCUACUCAAAGCGCGAACGCGCCAAGUUUGUCAAGAACUACAGCGCUUCCGACUUGGAUGCAAUCCUAGGCGGCUCGGCUAACAAGGCUGCGAUCGUGGCUGAGGAGGAGGAAGAAGAGGGAGGCAAGGCAGGCGGCUUGACCGGCACGGGUGCGGGUGCGGUGGUUGAUAUGGGUUUCAUGCCGGUGAUUGCGGAGGUCCGAGCGGCGCCGCGCAAGGAGGAGGACGAUGAGGACGGCAGCAGCAGCAGCGGGGACGAGGGCGAUACCGACGGGCAGAGAGAGGCGAAGCUUAAGCGGCAAACGAGUGGAGCUGCGAGCACCGGUUUGGGUGCUGCCACGGCAAGGGCCGCCAAGCAGCAGCAGUCUCAGCCGGUUCAGGAGGAGUGGGAGCCUGGGAAGAAGCCCUGGUGGGCCGGCAUGUUUGUCCGUGCGGGCCGUAUGGGCAGCAUUCGACAGGAGCUCAAGGGAGGGCAUGACAGCGGCAAGGCAAAGAUCACCGUCACGGGCUUCCGGGAGGAGGAUCAGGAGAACCUGUACGAGCAGGCUCAACAUGGAGCUGCGCACGGUCGGCAGGGCCUGGGUCGCAGUGACAUGCCCAAGAAGGUCGCCGGAGCGAGGUGGUGCGGCACCAAGACGAAACUGGACGAGGAGGAUGAGGAGGAGCAGGAGGCUGAUGAGGAGGCGUCUGGGAGCGGCUCCGGUUCCGAGAGCGAGGACGACGGCCGGAUUGUGGUGGUGCAGUCAAAGAAGGAGCAGCAGCAGGCGGCCGCAGCGGCGGCAGCAGCAGAGGAGGGCGCUGCUGGCAAACCCGGCAAAGACAGCAAGUCAAAAGCAACGCGGCAAGAUGCGGUAGCAGACAAGAAGAAGAAGAGCAGCGGCGGCAGUGCUGGGCAAGAAGCGGCAACAGCAGCAGCAGGGAAAGGCGCAGGGAAGGCAACUGCAGCUGCUGCCAAGACGGAAAAGCGGAAGCAACGGGAGGAGCAGCAGCAGCCGGAGCCGGAGGAUGGGAAAGCCAACAAGAAGAGCAAGAAGGAUAAGAAGAAGCAAACAAAGAGCGGUCAGGAGGAUGUCCCCGCCGGAGCUGGCACGGAGCCGGCGGGAGAUGCGAACGAGGGUGGAGGCGAGGACGGCGGGGCUGAUAAGAAGCAACCCAAAUGGCGGAAGCUUGUACGGCAGCUGCUUGCGGAUGCUCCUGAGAGGCGACUCAAGCUCAAGAAACUUCGAAAGCAGCUCGCCGCCUCACAUGGUCUAGGACGAAGCGGCAGCGGAGGCGCGGGCGGCAGUGGCAGUGGUGACGAUUCGGACGACAUGGCUGCUGUGCUGGAGCAGCUACGGAGUAGCAAGAAGUUCCGAGUUUGUGACAAGUUUGUCACGCUUGCAUGAUAUGUCAGGGUGUCGUACGUAAUUUAGUAAUUAGUACUGGCAGUGACGCCGUUAGUUUAAAAGCGUCCAGCGGCUCAGCGGCUGCUUAGUCAUGCCAUGCUAGGAUGGUAAGACUCACAUUUAGAACAGAAUAGCAUUCGUUCGUGCAGGCAUGCAUGCGUUUGGGUGGCUUCUUAGGAAGUUUGGGUGGCUUUCGUACCUGGAGUUCAUGAAAAGUGUUGGAAGUCCUCCGUUGAGGUCGCAGCGUUGCGUGAGGUCGUUGUCCUGUGACAGAGAGUGUAAGACUCCUAAUGGCAGGCUGUUUAGGGACAGGGUUCUAAGUAGGCUUGCGGAUUGAUUCAUACCUGGUGAGAGUGGAUGCAGCGAGGGUGAAAUCAAGGCUGCUUCUGGGUUCACCUUUUAAUCUUAUUUAUUCAC